GGAUUGGAACACCUGAAUCACAUGAUGUGGAGGGGAUUGGAACACCUGAAUCACAUGAUGUGGAGGGGAUUGGAACACCUGAAUCACAUGAUGUGGAAGGGAUUGGAACACCUGAAUCACAUGAUAUGGAGGGGGUUAGAACACCUGAAUCACAUGAUAUGGAGGGGAUUGGAACACCUGAAUCACAUGAUAUGGAGGGGAUUGGAACACCUGAAUCACAUGAUAUGGAGGGAAUUGGAACACCUGAAUCACAUGAUAUGGAGGGGAUUAGAACACCUGAAUCACAUGAUAUGGAGGGGAUUAGAACACCUGAAUCACAUGAUAUAGAGGGGAUUGGAACACCUGAAUCCAACGAUUUGGAAGGCGGUCCCAAUACUUCUGGCAGUAUAGUGCGUGU